AUGGCAGUUGGGUUGGCUAUACAAAGUGAAGGUGGUCAAAACAAUGGCAAGAUAACAUUGUAUGUAGUCCUAUCUUGUAUGAUGGCUGCUAUGGGGGGUGUCAUCUUUGGUUAUGACAUUGGAAUAUCAGGUGGGGUGACCUCAAUGGAACCAUUUUUGAAGAAGUUUUUCCACAAAGUGUACCUUAAGAUGAAAGCAGAUGUCAAAGUUAGCAACUAUUGUGUAUUUGACAGCCAACUAUUGACCUCCUUUACAUCAUCCCUUUAUGUUGCUGGUCUUGUUACUUCCUUCUUUGCUUCUUAUAUCACCAAAGCCUUUGGACGAAAGCCGUCCAUCGUUGCCGGAGGCGCUGCAUUCCUUGCUGGUACAGCAUUUGGAGGUGCAGCCUUUAAUGUGUACAUGCUCAUAGUUGGUAGACUUUUGCUUGGAGUUGGUGUUGGUUUUGCAAACCAGGCAGUUCCUUUAUAUCUCUCUGAAAUGGCACUACCACGACUUAGAGGAGCAAUUAACAAUGGCUUCCAAUUAAGCAUUGGCAUUGGUGCUUUGUCUGCUAAUCUAAUAAACUAUGGAACAGAGAAGAUUGGAGGUGGUUGGGGUUGGCGCAUGUCCCUAGCCAUGGCAGCAGUUCCAGCCUCAGUCCUAACACUAGGUGCACUUUUUCUGCCAGAAACUCCCAACAGCUUAAUCCAACGAAGCCAUGAUCAUCAAAAGGCUAAGCUUAUGCUUCAACGUAUUCGAGGCACAGAAGAUGUGCAAGCAGAACUUGAUGACCUUGUCAAAGCAAGUUCUCCUUCAAAAACCAACAAACAACCAUUUAAGAUCAUUUUGAAAGCAAGAUAUAGGCCUCAGCUUGUGAUGGCAAUAGCAAUACCAUUUUUCCAACAAGUGACAGGGAUCAAUGUGAUUGCUUUCUAUGCCCCUUUACUUUUUAGAACAAUUGGGUUAGGAGAAAGUGCAUCAUUGUUGUCAGCUGUGAUGACAGGUGUUGUAGGUACUGGUUCAACCUUCAUAUCAAUGCUCAUAGUGGAUAAGCUUGGAAGGAGAACCUUGUUUAUGAUUGGGGGCAUUCAAAUGUUUGCAUCACAGUGUAUAGUAGGAGGCGUAAUGGCAGCCCAUCUAGGAGAUCAUGGUGGAUUAAGCAAAGGGUAUGCUUAUAUGGUUUUGGUGCUAAUAUGCAUAUAUGUUGCUGGGUUUGGAUGGUCAUGGGGGCCUCUAGGUUGGUUAGUACCAAGUGAGAUUUUUCCCUUAGAAAUUAGAUCAGCAGGGCAGAGCAUCACAGUAGCAGUGAGCUUUAUCUUCACUUUCAUUAUUGCUCAGACUUUUCUAUCCAUGCUUUGCCACUUCAAGUCUGGGAUUUUCUUCUUCUUUGGAGGAUGGGUGGUGGUGAUGACUAUGUUCGUGUUCUACUUUCUGCCAGAGACUAAAAACGUGCCACUUGAACAGAUGGAGAAAGUGUGGCAAGAACAUUGGUUUUGGAAGAGAAUAGUGGGUGAAAUGAGUGAUAGACAUCAUAAAGGUCAAGCAUGA